ACAUAGAAUUCCAGCCCUUCCACGCUGCUAUUACGUUCCGUUCGCGAGCAGAAGCUGGCUGCGGUGUCGUUUUCUCCGAUCAGUCGGACCUUGAUCAAUCUUUUCAACUGUCCUUGUUCUCGGGUUUUACGCAUUUGAUUGCAAUUGGAAUAGCUUGGAUUCGUGUGUGACCGUCGAUUCCACCAUUUUUUUCGACCGAAUUGGCUCUGAAGCAAUGGAUUGACUUCAGUUUUCCUUCAACCCCUCCACCAAGUUGAGAAAACAGUCUAACCUGCGGUCUCUCCAUACUUCGAGCUCACAAGCCAGCUACAUGUUUCAUCCCGACAGUUUCAAAAGUAGCUGGUACCGGAUGUUUUUAAACAUUUCGUAGGUGAAACAUUGAAGUUCUUCGUUUGUCUCGGAAGUGUAUGGAAAUAGGUGGCAGAGGAUUUUAAACACGGAUUUUCUCCGGGGUUCUUGAAGCCUGCAAACAUUUAUUUUUGAAAAGUGAUGGCGGAGCGGGGAGCAAGGUUGCUCCUCUCUCUCCUCUGUCUCACCUUUCUUUACCCGGCGACCACCGUGUCAAGACAUGCUGAAAAAGGCACGGCGGCGAGGCCCUUCAGCCCCUUCUGGUUCUCAGUGGAGCCGUGGGACACACUGGCUGUGAGAGGUGCCCCAGCACUGCUCAACUGCUCAGCGCACAGCGGAGACCCUGCCUCAGAGCCCACUGCGCCCCAGGCCCGUGUGGAGUGGAAGAAGGAUGGAACCUUCCUGAGCCUGGCGCCAGACGACGGGCGGCGACGUGUCCUGCCUGACGGCUCGCUGCUCAUCUCUAGCGUGGUGCACUCCAAGCACAACAAGCCCGACGAGGGCACGUACCAGUGUGUGGCCACCAUCGACAGCCUGGGAACCAUCGCCAGCCGAACCGCCCGCCUCACCGUGGCAGGUAUGCCCCGGUUCUCCAGCCAGCCGGCAGCAGCCAGCAUACGCCUGGGAGACAGCCAGGUUCUGGCCUGCGAUGUCAACCCAGACCUGGUGCCUUUAGCCCGGUGGGAGCGUGAGCGUGAGCCCCUGGAGUUGAGCUCUAGGCUGGUGCAGCUACCCAACGGAGCCCUGGUGGUGAGCAACGCUUCGGAGGCCGACGCUGGGCUCUACCGCUGCAUGGUGGAGAACGCUGGGCCCGCCAAGACCAGUGAAGAGGCCCAGCUCACAAUACUGCCAGAAACCGGAGAGGAGAGAGAACUGGAGUUCCUGGUAGAGCCACUUCCUGUGACCAAAGUGGUGGGGGCCAGUUUGCUGCUGCCGUGUGUGGUGACGGGUUAUCCAGCGCCCUACGUCCGAUGGAUGGUGGGAGACAAGCUUGUUGAGGAGAGUGAGGGGAAGUUGGAGUUGGUGGGAGGAGGCAGUCUGUUGAUCUACAACCUGACUGAGGAGGAUGCAGGCGUCUACAGCUGUAUGGCAGACAUCACUAACAACACUAUCGAGGCCAAGGCAGAGCUCACUGUACAAGUUCCUCCGGAGUUCCUGAAGAGGCCGGCCAACAUCUACGCCCACGAGUCCAUGGACAUCAUGUUUCAGUGUGAGGUCACAGGUUCCCCCGCCCCCACCGUCAAAUGGGUCAAAAACGGAGACGCUGUCAUUCCCAGCGACUACUUCAAAAUCAUUAAUGAACACAACCUGCAGGUGCUGGGUCUGGUCAAGUCUGACGAGGGCUUCUACCAGUGUCUGGCAGAGAACGAUGCAGGGAACAUGCAGUCCAGCGCUCAGCUCAUCAUCCUAGAGCACGAUGUAGCCCUCCCCACCCCUCCUCCCCCCUCACUGACUCCUGACACUACUGACCAUGUAACGCCAGGCUCCAGAGGUGUGGCUAACCCCACUGGCCCCACCCCCUCCGCCCCCCGUGACGUCGUGGCCUCGCUGGUCUCCACCCGCUUCAUCAAGCUCACCUGGCGCCCUCCUGCUGAGCCCAACGGAGAAGACCUCACCUACUCUGUCUACUUCAAUCAGGAGGGUACCAACAGGGAGCGUAUCCUGAACACCAGUCGGCCAGGUGAGAUGCAGGUGACCAUUCAGAACCUGAUGCCGGACUCCAAGUACAAGUUCCGGGUGGUGGCACACAACAAGAACGGCCUGGGAGAGAGCUCUGCCGUCCUCAAGGUGGCCACCCAGGGUGAAGUGCAAGUCCCUGGCCCUGCCCCCAACCUGCAGGCUGUGUCGACCACACCCACCUCCGUCACCCUCAGCUGGGACACUCCCCUCACUGGUAACGGAGACGUCCUCACCUACAAGGUCUACUAUAUGGAGAAGGGUCUGGACCUGGAACAGGACAUAGACGCUGGAGCUCUGUCCUACACCUUGAUGGGUCUGAAGAAGUUCACAGAGUACAGCAUUAGAGUGGUGGCCUUCAACAAGCACGGUCCGGGAGUGUCCACAGGAGACAUCACCGUCACCACCCUGUCUGAUGUCCCCAGUGCCCCUCCUCAAAACCUCACUGUGGAAGUUCACAACUCAAAGAGCAUCAUGGUCCGGUGGCAGCCCCCACCACCAGGCGCCCAGAACGGCGAGAUUACUGGGUAUAAGAUCCGUUACCGGAAAGGGACGCGGAAGAGCGAGGCGGCAGAAACCACGGGAGGCACCCAGCUCUUCCAACUCAUCGACGGUCUGGAGCGGGGGACAGAGUACACGUUCAGAGUAUCAGCCAUCACAGUGAACGGCUCCGGGCCCGCCACAGAGUGGAGCACCGCAGAGACCUUCGAGAGCGACCUGGACGAGUCCAGGGUGCCAGACAUCCCCAGUUCGCUACAUGUGCGCCCGCUGGUCAACAGCAUCGUGGUGAGCUGGACCCCGCCGGAGAACCAGGACAUGGUGGUACGAGGCUACACCAUCGGCUACGGCAUCGGCAGCCCCCACGCCCAGACCAUCAAGGUGGACUACAAGCAGCGCUACUACAGCAUUGAGAACCUAGACCCCAGCUCCCACUAUGUGAUAACCCUGAAGGCCUUCAACAACGUGGGGGAGGGGAUCCCUGUAUACGAGAGCGCCAUCACCAGGCCACAGUCAGACCCCAUAGACCCUGAUGUUGAUUUGUAUGAACUCUUCCAUGCGCCAUACACACCAGUACCAGACCCCACCCCCAUGCUACCUCCCGUGGGCGUACAGGCCUCGGUGCUCAGCCACGACACCAUCAAGGUGACCUGGGCCGACAACUCUCUGCCCAAGAACCAGAAGAUCACGGACGCACGCUACUACACGGUGCGCUGGAAGACCAACAUCCCCGCCAACACCAAGCUCAAGACGGCCAACACCACCAACCUGAGCCACAUGGUGACGGGCCUGAAGCCCAACACGCUCUAUGAGUUCUCUGUCAUGGUGACCAAGGGCCGGAGGACCAGCACCUGGAGCAUGACGGCCCAGGGAACCACCUUUGAGACCAUUCCCAGCUCGUCCCCCAAAGAUGUGACUGUGGUGAGCAAGGAGCUGAAACCACGUACCAUCAUAGUCAACUGGCAGCCCCCCUCAGAGGCCAAUGGAAAAAUCACAGGCUACAUAAUCUACUACAGUACUGAUGUGAAUGCGGAGGUGCAUGACUGGGUGAUAGAGCCGGUGGUGGGCAACAGGUUGACCCACCAGAUCCAGGAGCUGACUCUGGACACCACCUACUACUUCAAGAUCCAGGCCCGUAACUCCAAGGGCAUGGGCCCAAUGUCAGAGGCCGUACACUUCCGCACCCCCAAGACUGAAUCCUCUGACAAAAUGGCUAAUGACCAAGCCAAUUUGCCAGUUAAACCAGGAAGUAACCAACCACCUCUUGACCAUGGCUUUGGGUCUUCACACGGAAAACCAGGAAUUACAGGAAGUGGGGACAACCACAUCCUGGUCAUCGUCGUCAUCAUCUCUGUGGGAGCGUUCACCAUCAUUGUGGUGGUUGUGGGGGCCUUCCUCUGCACACGACGCACCACCUCCCACCAGAAAAAGAAGCGGGCGGCCUCCAAGUCGUCCAACAGCUCCCACAAGUACAAGGGCAACUCCAAGGACCUGAAGCCUCCAGACCUAUGGAUCCACCACGAGCGGCUGGAGCUCAAGCCCAUUGACAAGUCCCCCGAGCCCAACCCGGUGAUGACUGACACCCCCAUCCCCCGCACCUCGCAGGACAUCAACCCCGUGGACCCCAGCCUGGACAACAGCCUGCUGCAGAGACGGAACUCCUACCGAGGCCACGAAUCAGAAGACAGCAUAUCUGCGCUGGCAGGGCGCCGGGGGAUGCGGCCUAAAAUGAUGAUGCCCUUCGAUACGCAGCCCCCCCAGCCCGUGAUUAGCGCUCACCCCAUCCAUUCCCUUGAUAACCAUCACCACCAUUAUCACACGGGCAGCCUGGCAUCCCCGACACGCAGCUACCUCCAUCACCACCAGGGCAGUGCCCACCUGCGCCCGCACGCCUGCGCCACCCCCAUCUCCUAUCUAGACAUGGUGGGCUCCACAGAGUCGGUGAGGAACACCCCCAGCACAGAGCCCCUCCCACCCCAGGCCCAGCCCCCCUGCCAAGCCGAGCACCAGCACCCGGAACCCGAGGGCAGCUACCAAGACUCCACGGCCACCGACGAUGAACCCAGCGCCAGCGGCAGCUACUGCAGCGCCGGCCAGCCCCCCACCGCCCACGUGCGCCCCACUCACCCCCUCAAGAGCUUUGCCGUGCCCGCCAACCCCGCCGCCAUCUUCGAGUCGCCCGCCCUGCCCAGCAUGCCGCUGCUUACUCAGACUGGGCCCCAGCUCCACUCAGUAAAGACGGCCUCCAUCGGCACCCUGAGCAGGGUCCGUCCCCCCAUGUCAGUCACGGUGCCCAGUGCGCCAGACGUGCCCGAGACCAGCAAGAUGCUGGAGGAUGUAGACAGUUCCCAUUGACCAAUUUCCCACCCACCCUUUAUUUUGUAAACCUCAUUACUCCCACCCCCUCCAAAAACAAACUGACCCUCUCCUCUCCCUUCCCCAGGUCCUUGCCUCCCUCCCCUCCUGUUCCUCCCUUGCUCCCCGCAGUAACCCUGUUCCUUUCCCUCAGAGCUACGAGCCUGAUGAGUUGACAGAGGAGAUGGCCCACCUAGAGGACCUGAUGAAGGACCUAAACGCUAUAACCACAGCCUGAGAACCACACGCCCACUCAUUACGCUGCUCACACACAUACAAGCAGACACACACACACAGGCAGGAACACACACACUGCCAGCCCUCAGCAAACUGGGAGCCCGAUGCCCCGGUACAAAAUGGAUACCGUAAAUGGAUCUUACACACCCCACUCAAGACAAACAAAAAAUCUCAACUGAAACUUUUCAACUUUUGGCUUACCUUGCUCAGUCUCAGGAAGGAGAUGGCCAUUUUAAAAUGCGACAGUUCACCUUUUUAUGAAGAAACAUUCUCAGAGACGAUAUCUAACAUUGGUCGCUUUCAACCAGAAGAUUGUGAAUUUUCUCAGCACACAAACUGAAAUGCAUCAGAAGGUUGCUCUCAUACUUUGAUUGCCGGGGAGACCGCUCCUAUGGUUGCCGGGGAGACCGCUCCUAUGGUUGCCGGGGAGACCGCUCCUAUGGUUGCCGGGGAGACCGUUCCGACAGACAUCAUAUUGUGAUUCCAAGUCAAGAGGAAGAGUCAAAUAUGCUGGUAUUUCAUGUUGGUGCUCACGAAACACAAUCUAAACACAGUGUUUGUUUAAUUAGUGUCACUUAUUUGUGCGUUUUUGUAUAUCUAUUGCCCUGUUUCAGUGAAGUGAACGUUGGACAACAGUCCCCUGCAUUUCCAUAAAAGCGGUAAUUUUAUAGCUAUCAUUUUGAUCCAAUGACGUCUGUUUUCCCUACUCUGUGUUAUAUAUUGUGCCAAGUCUCUUAUUAUUCUCUAAUAUGCCAUGUAUGUUUUUUACAUAUCCGAAUAGAUAUGUACAUAUGUUUUUUUUAAACGGCCUCAUUCUAUCCCCCCCCCCAGCCUAGCCAAUCAUUUCAUUUUAUUUGGGAGGAGAGUGACAAAAUAGCCCCUGAAACGCUCACUUUUCAUAUCUUGUGGGGAGAUGCCUUGCGUGUUAGUACAUUACAUUGGAAUGGUUUAUUGCGUUCUCUGGCAUUGUGUUGCCCCUUUAUACAUUGAAAUGUUCAGUCUUUUUUUGUUUGUGGGAGCUCCGUUUCAGAAAGCCUUACGAAACGUGUCCGUACGUUUACAUUGGAGAUGACUGUGCCCUCUGUGGACGUUUUCCAGUUACACUGUGAUCCCUCUGACACGCAGCAUCACCACUCUCAGGCCAGCCUGGCCUUGGAGUGCCAAGUAGUAGGGCUUGUUAGCUGGUGACCUUUCAGAACCAUCUGUGGGACAUGAACCCUCCAGAGGCUGCUGGACUCGGAGUGCCUCACCCUGCAAUCACACAUCCUACCCAGUCAGUCGUUUCAAUGGAAUGGCAAUAUAUCAUAUGAAAGUGCUUUGAAAUGGAUGUCUUGUUUCCAAGAGCCAAUAUUUGGUUGAAGAGGUCUGUUUUUUGCUCUUUAUCUCUCUCUCUGUCAUGUGAAAACCAGGUUUUUCAAUCAAGGAUAAGUGUUUACUGUUAUCUGAGGUCUCUUAAAGAAACACUGCUUCAUCGCUCUUUUUAAAUGCUACUUGCAACGAUGUUGGCCUAUUGAAUGGGACUCCCAGAUUCAGAUUUUUUUUUACAUGUAGUUUGUUUUGUAUGAAGAAAAAAUAAACUUGUUCUGUACACAAUUCCAAUGUAAAAAAAAAUUAAAUAUGAUAAUGUAAGAAGCUAGUUUUUCAUCUGCCCUCUUACCCAAAGAAAUGUAAUUGCAAUCCUAGUUACAUGCUCUACUUUUGUGAAUACCAUGUUUCUCAUAAUGUACAUCAUCAUGAAUGUCAAUAUAACUGUAAGAGAUUUUACUUAUGGAUACAAAAGGAACAUGUAUAAAAAAAAAUUAAAAAGAAAAAAGAAAGUGGACCGUAGGAAAAAGACAGGACGCUAAACCCGUUGGGAAUAACCUAUUAAGUUGUAGACAGUCAAGCCUAUAUUGCACUUUUUCACAAUUUUUGAAAAAAAAUAAUAAAUCUUCCAUAUCUUGUGUUUUAAAUAUAAAAGCGAUGUUUCUGUAAAGUAGUGUUCUAGGUUAGCAGCAGGCAGCUGGUCUUGUUUUAAUGGUAAUUUGUUUUUGAGAUAUGAAAUUGAGCGGCAGGUUUUACUGUGCUGCUGAGGUAUUCUGUUGCUUGUUUCUGUACAGAGAUCUCUUUGCUUUCUGUAGGAUAUUCUGUGGCUUAAAAAAAAAAAAAAUGUUUGAGAAAAAGUAAUUUUUUAUUUUUAUUGGUGCUCUUAUACAUUGUGUAUCCAACUAUUAUGAAUACUAACAAAGUUGAAGCUUCUA